AUGCGUUUCCGAACUCAAUUAAAGAACACCAGGACCUUCUCCAAACUAGCUGCCUCACUCUCAUCCCUCGGCAAAAUAUGUUGGAUGCGUCUCGAGCACGAAGUUGUACGCUUCACCAUCGUCCCAGAUCAGGGCACCCAAGUAUGGUCUCAGAUCCCUGUUACCACAAUCUUCGACGAAGAUACCUACGAACUAGAAUCCAACUCCGAGGCCAUAAACAUUGAAAUCAAUAUCAGCGUCUUAACCCGCGCCCUCCGUUCCGCAAUCGACGCCUCCUCCGCUCAACUCCGCCUUACCAAGAAAGAUAAAAUCCCUCUCCUUGCAUUAACAGUCGUAACGACCGAAUGGACAGAAGGGAACAUGGCCCUCGCGACAGACCAAACACAACCGCAACAAGAUUCCCCACAAGACGGAACCGAAACAAACGAUGUAGUCGGAGACCGACGUGCACGAGAACGCGAAACAAUUAUUACGCAAGAAAUCCCAAUUAAGAUUUUACAUGAAGGAGCGGUAGAGGGACUUCAUGAGCCGCAUUGCCCGGAUCCAGACGUGCAUAUUAUCUUACCCGGAUUAGCACAGCUGAAGAGUAUUUCGGAUCGGUUUACGAAGCUUGCGUCUACGCAUUCGAAAAAUCGCCAGCCCGGUCUUAUUGCAGCUGAUGCGGCUAGUGCUGCAGAUGAGGGCAAGGGGCCCGGUGCUGCGGGGCUGGGGAGCAAUGCGCCGAAAUUGGAGCUAAGUGCUAAUAUGCAUGGGAAAUUAAAGUUGGCGAUUGCAACGGAUGAGCUUCGCAUUGCGAGUGUGUGGUCGGGACUUGUAAAUCCGUCCUUGCAUCCCGGUCAGAUUACGGAGGAGGAGUAUUCGCAAUUACCGAGUGAGCGAAUGCGAGAAGUGGGGGAUGAUGAUGAGUCUGGGUGGGCGAAGGUGCGAAUUGAUGGGAAGGAUUGGAGUCGGGUGCUGAGUGUAGGGAGAUUGAGUCCUAAAGUGGUUGCUUGUGAGUACCUGUACUCCAUUUUCCAGGUUUCUUCUGGUGGGUUCUAUUGA